GCGAUGAUGCUGUUCAGGGUCAGGUCAGUACAAAUACAGUCCAAUACAUUGUCCUCACUGAGGCCGAACAGACAGGAGAAACACACAUCAGGGGUGUAGUCAUUAGUUUUGCAACGGAAAAACGUUUGCAACAAAAACAAGUUUCUAUUAGACAAAUUCAGGUAGUCCUUCCCCAUUUCGCUAUUUUGGCUUCUGUUGACUUUUGUUGGCUUCUGUUGGCUUCUGUUGGCUUCUGUUGGCUUCUUUUGGCUUCUGUUGGCUUCUGUUGGCUUCUGUUGGCUUCUGUUGGCUUCUGUUGGCUUCUUUUGGCUUUCUAGUGAAUGCACCCCUGGAGUGGGUUGGUAUACUGUAUAUGUUUGACAACCUGCCCUGGCUGUGUUUUAACCCAGUGCACUGUUUGCAUGUUUAUCCUCAGGACCUUGAGGAUGAUGAGUAUGAUGUGAGGAAGCCUAAGCAGCAGAGGAGGUCUAUCGUGAGGACUGCCUCAAUCACCAGGGUAAGAGAUGGUAGUAAGGUCAUUCAGCCAUCUUGUUAUGUUGCAUUCUCAUCAAGCUAAGCCAAGCUGAGGCUUAUCAAUAAGCCCUUAUCGUAUUUUAUUGGAAAUAAGAUUAGAUACAAUGUUUCCUAUUUUGAAAUUCACUACUGCUUGUGAAAUCUGAAGACCACAAUAAAAAAUGUAUGAAUGAUUUAACAACCCUGGCAGCCUGUGAAGUGAUAUUCUCCUGCUCAUUUCAGCAGCAUUAGGUUAAUGUGUGUGUGUGUGUGUGUGUUCUGCUCCAGAUACCUAUUCAGAGGAGGACUAUGAGAGUUUCUAUGAAUAAGCCCUUAUCGUAUUUUAUUGGAAAUAAGAUUAGAUACAAUGUUUUGUUUGAGAUUGUUUCCCGCUAAAGCAGAAAGCAUGCAGUGGUCAUUCACAAUGUCCCAGCGGUGUUGUGUUUUUCUGUGCUGCUUAAGAUGCAACCUGCUGGUCAAACGGCAGUACUGCAACGGUCCCACUUCCUUCAGGGUUUUUUAAAGGCGCAAUAUGCAGAAAUCUUUCCGCCAUUGCCUGGCUGCGAAAAAAUGUCUUUGCAAUAUCCAAAAAUAUUGUAUUUUCAGCUAUUUGAAACUGGUCUAAACCGAAAGUAAAAAGACGCAAAAAAACAAACUUAAGGACAGGAAGUAUAGAAAUGGAGCACAUAGAACCUUCUCAGACAUGCUUUCAAUGAGAAUGACAGAUCUAUAACUCACAUUUCUAUGUUUAAUUUAGUUGGGUCGCCCAAAAAGCUACAUAUUUGUUGUUGGAAUCUUUUAGGCAACUGAUUACUGUCCGGUUGUUGUUAGCCUGGGUACCUGUCUGUUUGUGUUGUUAUUCCACUUCUGUGGCAUGACAAGUGAGUGGAAUGAUGGCAUAAACAGACUGGUACUCAGGCUAGGUCUUUGUGAUGGGGCUGUCUGUCUGUCUGUCUGUCUGUCUGAUGAGUAGAUGUUUCUGUGUCCUGUUGUCUUUUAGCAGCAGAACUUUAAACAGAGACUGGUGGCCCUGAUCAAGAGGUUCAGAGUCUCAGAUGAGGUAACACCUGUCCAACUGUUAAACUAUCCAGGGUUGGGGUCAAUGAGGUAACACCUGUCCAAAUGUUAAACUAUCCAGGGUUGGGGUCAAUGAGGUAACACCUGUCCAAAUGUUAAACUAUCCAGGGUUGGGGUCAAUGAGGUAACACCUGUCUAAAUGUUAAACUAUCCAGGGUUGGGGUCAAUGAGGUAACACCUGUCUAAAUGUUAAACUAUCCAGGGUUGGGGUCAAUGAGGUAACACCUGUCCAAAUGUUAAACUAUCCAGGGUUGGGGUCAAUGAGGUAACACCUGUCCAAAUGUUAAACUAUCCAGGGUUGGGAUCAAUGAGGUAACACCUGUCCAAAUGUUAAACUAUCCAGGGUUGGGGUCAAUGAGGUAACAACUGUCUAAAUGUUAAACUAUCCAGGGUUGGGGUCAAUGAGGUAACACCUGUCUAAAUGUUAAACUAUCCAGGGUUGGGGUCAAUGAGGUAACACCUGUCCAACUGUUAAACUAUCCAGGGUUGGGGUCAAUGAGGUAACACCUGUCCAACUGUUAAACUAUCCAGGGUUGGGGCCAAUGAGGUAACACCUGUCCAACUGUUGUACUAACCAGGAUUGGGGUCAAUUCCAUUUCUAUUCCAGUCAAUUCAGAAAUUUAACCCAAUUCUAAAUGUUCCUCAUUGAAAAGCAUUGAAGAGAAUUGGAAUUGGAAUUUCAGUGUACUUACUGAAUUUACUGGAAUUUAAAUGGAAUUGACCCCAACCCUGAUACUCACUGUUUUAAACGAGGCAACAUUAAGCAUUUCUAUGUGUCAUAUCACUUACUUUAAACUGUUAGGGUCCUUUUGAUUCAUUUGCUCAGUAGAUUUAUGCAACUGUUAAAAAUCUGUUCUCUUGGUGAUAUCUUUCUUUCUUACUCCCUCUGUCUCUCUCUCUUUCUCUGUCUCUGUCUCUCUGUCUCUGUCUCUCUGUGUCUGUCUCUGUCUCUGUGUCUCUGUCUCUGUCUCUCUGUGUCUGUGUCUUUCUCUGUCUCUCUCUCUGUCUCUGUCUCUGUCUCUCUGUGUCUCUCUGUGUCUGUGUGUCUCUGUGUCUCUGUGUCUGUCUCUCUGUGUCUGUGUCUUUCUCUGUCUCUGUCUCUCUGUCUCUGUCUCUGUCUCUCUCUGUCUCUGUCUCUCUGUGUCUCUCUGUGUCUGUGUGUGUGUGUCUCUGUCUCUGUCUCUGUGUCUGUCUGUCUCUGUGUCUGUCUGUCUCUGUGUCUGUCUCUGUGUCUGUCUCUCUGUGUCUCUGUGUCUCUGUGUCUGUGUGCGUAUGUGUGUGUCUCUGUCUCUGUCUGUGUCUCUGUCUCUGUGUCUGUCUCUGUGUGCGUGCGCCUGCGUAUGCGUGUCUGUGCGUCUAUCUGAAUGUUCCAGGUGUUGGACUCAGAGCAGGACCCGGCUGAGCCCCCUCCAGAGGUAGAGGAGGAUCUGGACCUAGAGAGUCUGGAGUUUGAGAACCCCAGUGACAGUGGACCAGAACUAGACGAUGACGACAGUGUCCUCAGCACCCCCAAACCCAAACUCAAGUGAGUGAGAGGAGAGCUAUCAGCGUGUGUAUUUAUGUACCUUUGCCCGUGUAUUAAGUGAUUUUGCCCAGAGAUAUUUCAGGGCAAUGAGUGACUAUGACUCCAGUGCUCUUUCAGAUUCAUUUAUUUAUGAUGCUUUCACUUUCAGGCCAUAUUUUGAGGGUCUAUCCCUCUCCAGUUCUCAGACAGAGAUUGGUAGCAUCCACAGCAGCCGGAGUCACAGAGAACCACCAAGUCCGGUGAGAACACUGAAUUUGCCACUCACUGCAAAUUUCACUUUUUGUGAAUCUGCACUGUCACCCCCCCAGGACAUAAUAUACCUUGGUUGAGACUGUCACCCUCUCAGGACAUAAUAGUCCUCUGUAGCUCAAUUGGUAGGGCACGGCGCUUGUAACGCAAGGGUAGUGGGUUCGAUCCCCGGGACCACCCGUACCUAAAAAUGUAUGCACGCAUGACUGUAAGUCGGUUUCGAUAAAAGCGUCUGCUAAAUGGCAUAUUAUUGUUAUUAUUAUAAUAUACCCUGGCUGAGAUCCAUCACACAACCUAGCCACAUUUCUAGCUAUACUGUUGUAGCUAUACUGUUAGCUAUGCUGUUCUAGCUAUACUGUUAGCUAUACUGUUAGCUAUACUGUUCUAGCUAUACUGUUAGCUAUACUGUUAGCUAUACUGUUCUAGCUAUACUGUUAGCUAUGCUGUUCUAGCUAUACUGUUAGCUAUACUGUUAGCUAUACUGUUCUAGCUAUACUGUUAGCUAUACUGUUAGCUAUACUGUUCUAGCUAUACUGUUAGCAAUACUGUUCUAGCUAUACUGUUAGCUAUACUGUUCUAGCUAUACUGUUAGCUAUACUGUUCUAGCUAUGCUGUUAGCUAUACUGUUAGCUAUGCUGUUAGCUAUACUGUUAGCUAUACUGUUCUAGCUAUACUGUUCUAGCGAUACUGUUAGCUAUACUGUUAGCUAUACUGUUCUAGCUAUGCUGUUAGCUAUACUGUUCUAGCUAUACUGUUCUAGCUAUACUGUUCUAGCUAUACUGUUCUAGCUAUACUGUUCUAGCUAUGCUGUUAGCUAUACUGUUCUAGCUAUACUGUUAGCUAUACUGUUCUAGCUAUACUGUUAGCUAUACUGUUCUAGCUAUACUGUUAGCUAUACUGUUAGCUAUACUGUUCUAGCUAUACUGUUCUAGCUAUACUGUUCUAGCUAUACUGUUCUAGCUAUGCUGUUAGCUAUACUGUUCUAGCUAUACUGUUAGCUAUACUGUUCUAGCUAUACUGUUAGCUAUACUGUUAGCUAUACUGUUCUAGCUAUACUGUUCUAGCUAUACUGUUAGCUAUACUGUUCUAGCUAUACUGUUCUAGCUAUACUGUUAGCUAUACUGUUAGCUAUACUGUUCUAGCUAUACUGUUAGCUAUACUGUUAGCUAUACUGUUCUAGCUAUACUGUUAGCUAUACUGUUCUAGCUAUACUGUUCUAGCUAUACUGUUCUAGCUAUACUGUUAGCUAUGCUGUUCUAGCUAUACUGUUCUAGCUAUACUGUUCUAGCUAUACUGUUCUAGCUAUACUGUUAGCUAUACUGUUCUAGCUAUACUGUUAGCUAUGCUGUUCUAGCUAUACUGUUAGCUAUGCUGUUCUAGCUAUACUGUUAGCUAUACUGUUCUAGCUAUACUGUUCUAGCUAUACUGUUCUAGCUAUACUGUUCUAGCUAUACUGUUAGCUAUACUGUUCUAGCUAUACUGUUCUAGCUAUACUGUUCUAGCUAUACUGUUAGCUAUGCUGUUCUAGCUAUACUGUUAGCUAUGCUGUUCUAGCUAUACUGUUCUAGCUAUACUGUUCUAGCUAUACUGUUCUAGCUAUACUGUUAGCUAUGCUGUUCUAGCUAUACUGUUAGCUAUGCUGUUCUAGCUAUACUGUUAGCUAUGCUGUUCUAGCUAUACUGUUAGCUAUACUGUUCUAGCUAUACUGUUAGCUAUACUGUUAGCUAUACUGUUCUAGCUAUACUGUUCUAGCUAUACUGUUAGCUAUACUGUUCUAGCUAUACUGUCUAGCUAUACUGUUCUAGCUAUACUGUUCCAGCUAUACUGUUCUAGCUAUACUGUUAGCUAUAUGUUCUAGCUAUACUGUUAGCUAUACUGUUAGCUAUACGUUGUAGCUAUACUGUUCUAGCUAUACUGUUUAGCCUAUACUGUUCUAAGCUAUACUGUUCUAGCUAUACUGUUCUAGCUAUACUGUUAGCUAUACUGUUCUAGCUAUACUGUUAGCUAUACCUGUUAGCUAUACUGUUAGCUAUACUGUUCUAGCUAUACUGUUCUAGCUAUACUGUUCUAGCUAUACUGUCUAGCUAUACUGUUCUAGCUAUACUGUUAGCUAUACUGUUCUAAGCUAUACUGUCUAGCUAUACUGUUUAGCUAUAUGUUAGCUAUACUGUUCUAGCUAUAUGUUCAGCUAUACUGUUAGCUAUACUGUUCUAGCUAUACUGUUCCUGUUAGCUUACUGUUCGAGCUAUACUGUCUAGCUAUACUGUUCUAGCUAUACUGUUAGCUAUGACUGUUCUAGCUAUACUGUUGAGCUAUGCUGUUAGCAUACUGGUUCGAGCUAUAACUGUUUAAGCUAUGCUGUUAGCUAUACUGUUCUAGCGAUACUGUUAGCUAUACUGUUCUAGCUUACUGUUUCUAGCUAUACUGUUCUAGCUAUACUGUUAGCUAUACUGUUCUAGCUAUACUGUUAGCUAUACUGUUCUAGCUAUACUGUUCUAGCUAUACUGUUCUAGCUAUACUGUUAGCUAUACUGUUCUAGCUAUGCUGUUAGCUAUACUGUUCUAGCUAUACUGUUAGCUAUACUGUUCUAGCUAUACUGUUAGCUAUACUGUUCUAGCGAUACUGUUAGCUAUACUGUUAGCUAUACUGUUCUAGCUAUACUGUUAGCUAUACUGUUCUAGCUAUACUGUUCUAGCUAUACUGUUCUAGCUAUGCUGUUAGCUAUACUGUUAGCUAUACUGUUCUAGCUAUACUGUUCUAGCUAUACUGUUAGCUAUACUGUUCUAGCUAUACUGUUAGCUAUACUGUUAUAGCUAUACUGUUAGCUAUACUGUUCUAGCUAUACUGUUCUAGCUAUACUGUUAGCUAUACUGUUCUAGCUAUGCUGUUAGCUAUACUGUUAUAGCUAUACUGUUAGCUAUACUGUUCUAGCUAUACUGUUCUAGCUAUGCUGUUAGCUAUACUGUUAGCUAUACUGUUCUAGCUAUACUGUUCUAGCUAUACUGUUAGCUAUACUGUUCUAGCUAUACUGUUAGCUAUACUGUUCUAGCUAUGCUGUUAGCUAUACUGUUAUAGCUAUACUGUUAGCUAUACUGUUCUAGCUAUACUGUUCUAGCUAUGCUGUUAGCUAUACUGUUAGCUAUACUGUUCUAGCUAUACUGUUCUAGCUAUACUGUUCUAGCUAUACUGUUAGCUAUACUGUUCUAGCUAUACUGUUAGCUAUGCUGUUAGCUAUACUGUUCUAGCUAUGCUGUUAGCUAUACUGUUAGCUAUACUGUUCUAGCUAUACUGUUAGCUAUGCUGUUAGCUAUACUGUUCUAGCUAUACUGUUAGCUAUGCUGUUAGCUAUACUGUUCUAGCUAUGCUGUUCUAGCUAUACUGUUAGCUAUACUGUUCUAGCUAUACUGUUCUAGCUAUACUGUUAGCUAUACUGUUCUAGCUAUACUGUUCUAGCUAUACUGUUCUAGCUAUACUGUUAGCUAUACUGUUCUAGCUAUGCUGUUAGCUAUACUGUUAUAGCUAUACUGUUAGCUAUACUGUUCUAGCUAUACUGUUAGCUAUGCUGUUAGCUAUACUGUUCUAGCUAUACUGUUAGCUAUGCUGUUAGCUAUACUGUUCUAGCUAUGCUGUUCUAGCUAUACUGUUAGCUAUACUGUUCUAGCUAUACUGUUCUAGCUAUGCUGUUAGCUAUACUGUUAGCUAUACUGUUCUAGCUAUACUGUUCUAGCUAUACUGUUAGCUAUACUGUUCUAGCUAUACUGUUAGCUAUACUGUUCUAGCUAUGCUGUUAGCUAUACUGUUAUAGCUAUACUGUUAGCUAUACUGUUCUAGCUAUACUGUUCUAGCUAUGCUGUUAGCUAUACUGUUAGCUAUACUGUUCUAGCUAUACUGUUAGCUAUGCUGUUAGCUAUACUGUUCUAGCUAUGCUGUUAGCUAUACUGUUAGCUAUACUGUUCUAGCUAUACUGUUAGCUAUGCUGUUAGCUAUACUGUUAUAGCUAUACUGUUAGCUAUACUGUUCUAGCUAUACUGUUCUAGCUAUACUGUUAGCUAUACUGUUCUAGCUAUACUGUUAGCUAUGCUGUUAGCUAUACUGUUCUAGCUAUGCUGUUAGCUAUACUGUUAGCUAUACUGUUCUAGCUAUACUGUUAGCUAUGCUGUUAGCUAUACUGUUCUAGCUAUGCUGUUAGCUAUACUGUUCUAGCUAUACUGUUAGCUAUACUGUUCUAGCUAUACUGUUAGCUAUACUGUUCUAGCUAUGCUGUUAGCUAUACUGUUCUAGCUAUACUGUUAGCUAUACUGUUAGCUAUACUGUUCUAGCUAAACCAACUCCCUCGCAAAUUGUAAUCCUCCUCUUAUCCUUUUUCCCUCCAGAUGGAUCCAGACAAGACUAAAAGCAGCGGAGACAAGUUCCAGGUGGACAAUGUCUCAGAUAACGCUUCAUUUGUAAGUAUUCUCAAAUUUAAACAACUGCCAUCCAUCCAUUGUAUGGUAGAUAACACUAAAUCCCCUGGUCUCUGGGUCGUGGCCAAUCCCCUGGUCUCUGGGUCGUGGCCAAUCCCCUGGUCUCUGGGUCGUGGCCAAUCCCCUGGUCUCUGGGUCGUGACCAAUCCCCUGGUCUCUGGGUCGUGGCCAAUCCCCUGGUCUCUGGGUCGUGACCAAUCCCCUGGUCUCUGGGUCGUGGCCGUGUCUUUCUUAUUUCAGUUAUUUUAUCUCACUCGUCCAACAUUUUUAUGUCGGAUAAAAAUGUCCCGACAGACCUGAUGGAAACAUAACAUUUGUCGGUAAAAUUUCCAAAUGUCGACUAAACAAAAUACGCUAGACAAGGUGGGAUCUUUUUGUGUGAGUAAAAUUAAAUAUGUGAGAAAUUGCGGUGGAUACGCCUUUAUGCGCAAAUAUUGAUAUAAUAACCAUCAUAUCGAAGUAAACUUGUAGUCACGCGAUGAUAUGGUGUGCGGUCCUAAGUUAUGAUGAUCUUCACAGGGUGGUGAAAGUGCACGGUGAUGUGCUUGAUGCUCCUUUCCAAUAAAUAUCAAGGGUCUUGUUCUGGUGACGUGAUGAUCGAUGCUUGGCUGCCAUUUUGACAAAUAAAACUGAUCUCGCUCUUUUUGUCCAUAAUAAUCUCGUCAUGUAGACUAUACCCGGACUGUAUCUGGGAGCUGUUGGCUAGAGCCCAGGUGCCAAGACCAGAGUGGGCACAUUGGCUACACAACACAAACAUUAUUUGUGACAAAAACAAUCAGUAAAGUUUAAAAUGAGGUGGAAAUCAAUUUUGUAUUUGGUACUUUGGAAUUUUACCGCAACAUUUAUUUUUAUGUGCACUACGUCAUCAUGCACAGCCUUUUAUCCACAACAAAUACAUUUGAUGGAAGCACAUCUCUGGUGGGAAAAUGCGCGUAUUGUUGCGGAUUAUUCGCAUGAAAAUCUGUCGCCAAUUGGAUGGAAACCUAGCUAGUGAGAGUAACCUGUAUAAAUGACUAAAGAAAUAGAUACUACCAACUCCCGUUGUGUCUCAUCCCUGUCUUUGCUCCGUCCCAGCAGGAGGAGCAACAAGAGGCAGUAACCCCCACUACGGAGUUGGAGAUGGACAACAUGGACACCUUCCUGGAGAAGCUGCCCCCUACUGGCAAGAUGAAGAAGACCGAGUCCCUCACCAUCCCGUCCAACAGGUGGUAAAUACUGGCUGACUCUUUCAAUUCAUCUUUCAACGAUUCCUCGCAUCUUAUCUCCUUGCCUCCUUCUCAAGCGUAUCGGAGGGGAAGAUCCAUGGUCCCUCUCCUCGGACCUUCUUAUCCAGUGCGUUUUGAGGAGGCGAGAAGGACGGGAUGCGAGGAAUCGAGGAAAGAUGAAUUGAGAAAGAGCCUCUGAUUCCCUCUCUCAAACCUCUGCUAGAUACUGCAUCUUCUCACCUUCAGCUUGCUUCAGUCCAUGCACCUUGGUAGGAAAGAGAGGUGGCGACAGCAUUUUCUUUUUCUCUCCAAUCCACUCUCACCCUCUCUCCAUCCAGCCGACCAUGCUCUUGGGGAUGAUUAAAGUAUGAUGGGUCCACACUCCAUAAGAUGUCACAUGAAGCUUACUUCAUUUUUUUUUUUUUUUUACUGAAUCAGGGUAGUGUAGUGUCGAGUCAAUGCUGGUAAUUAUUGCUGUGAAACAAAGGAGUCCGCUCAUACUGAACCUUGAUCAUAAGUUUUAUUCAUAUCACAAGAUUUCAGCAUGAGUUUACAGGUGUCAAGAUCACCCGGAGAACGGCGUCCCAGAUUGCAAUGGCCGCUCUAACCUCUUCUUCGCUUUUACCCAGUAUAUAUAAUCUUCCCAAGAUAUGGGUGGCUCCCUCUACUGUCCAAUCCCCUGUCUACAACACACACUUCCUGUCUGUUGUAUGUGGCGUGUCACACUAAAAACGGCUCUCUUUCUGCCAAAUAAACAUCCUCUCAGAUUCCACUUAAAAACAUUAACAAAGUCAUAAUCUUCAUAUACGACAGUAGCAUACACAAACGUUUCGGCUUAACAGCCUUCUUCAGGUUGUAGGUUCCUUGCUCUUGAGAAUUCCCUCACAACUCCCAAACUUGUCUUGCAUACUUUCUAGCUCAAACACCACAUGUCCUUCUCUCUUUUCUCCAACUGAAGAAACAAUAGCUAUUUUUCCCUCUUUUCUAGGGCUGUUUCUAGGAUGAUAUUUCUAGGUGGGCAGACAGAACAUUUGUCUUUCUGAGCUAAUAUCCUGGAAUUUUGUAGUUUAACUCGAGCAUAAUCAUUUGGGUGGGAAACAUUAAAGUUUGGGUGGGCAAUGCCCUACCCUGCAGCCCCCUAGAGCCGGCCCUGCUCUCUACUCCUUUAGGGUCACACCUCACACCUGUCUACCUGUGCCUUCCAUACUCCCUAAUUCCUUUCUUUUCUCCUCUACCUGAAGAAAACAAGCCCCCUUUCCUCCGUUUAGUGUUCUUGUGUCUUCCCCAGGCAGGAACCUAAGUUGGUGGGGAGGAGAGGGAGGAGUACGUCCCUAAAGGAGCGCCAGCCCAGCAGACCACAGAAUGAGAGAGCCAACAGCCUGGAUAACGAACGCUCCCUCGACACACGCUGCCAUCUACAGGUAGGAGGAGCACGCUGCAAGCAAACCAGAUCAGGGGGCCGUAUGUAUCAAGCGUCUCAGAGUAGGAGUGCUGAUCUGGGAUCAGUUUUGCCUUUUAGAUCACAAUAAAUAACAUUACAUGGACAGGUAGGACCUGAUCCCAGAUCAGCACAGUGAAGCAGAGAGGUUGUAGACUAUACUAUAGUAGAGCAUGCUGGUCUAUAAUUCUCUGAGAGGUUCUGUCUCUGUGGUAGCCUCAUGGUUAGAAAGGUGGGCCAGUAACCAGAUGGUUGCGGGUUUGAAUCCAGGGGAGAACGACUGCCCCCUCUCAUAGAAGCCAUUGUAGUUCAAGGCCGACUGUGGUACUGCAGGCAUUGUUUGCAGAAAACAGGAUUCCCCAUUAGAGUGAAUGGAAGAAUGUCAAUCUUCGUGGCCAAUCUUCAUGGAAAUAAAAAUAUGUUUUGAAGACAAUCAUGGUACCAAUAAUUGCUUCUAAUACACCAGAUGUAUGUCCUUGAACCGAUUAUUUUAAAAAUCGCACACAGAAGAAGUUAUAAGGUGUCAUGUGAUCGAUGGCUUUGUCCAUUCAUAUAUUCAGUCGUUGUUUGAAUCCCAGGGCCCUUGAGCAAUGCACUAACCGGCUCCAGGGGCGUGGCUCUGUGGCUGUCCGGCUCCAGGGGCGUGGCUCUGUGGCUGACCGGCUCCAGGGGCGUGGCUCUGUGGCUGACCGGCUCCAGGGGCGUGGUUCUAUGGCUGUCCGGCUCCAGGGGUGUGGCUCUGUGGCUGUCCGGCUCCAGGGGCGUGGCUCUGUGGCUGACCGGCUCCAGGGGCGUGGCUCUAUGGCUGACCCUGUGCUGCUUCCAGUGUCUGCAUCUGGAAUGUGUUGAUGAAUUUUUGUUUCGAUGGACAACAAAAUGGUCUUAUUUUCAGUCUAUUCUAUGUGUCUUCCCCAGAUCCCCAGGAAGACUGUAUAUGACCAGCUGAACCACAUCCUGGUGUCUGAUCACCAUCUACCUGACAGCAUCAUCCUCAUCAACACAUCUGAUUGGCAGGGCCAGGUAAGAGACAGAAAGUGAUAUACAGGAAGUGACACGUUAGUGACCCCUCUCUGGUAUGUCUCCAUGAUGAUCAGAAGGAAAAACAAUAGAUUAAAUUAUGAAUUACUAAACAUUUCUUUCUCUUUACACCCUUGUAUUCUCACAUUUCCACAUUAUAUUUCUCUUUGUCCAUUUCUUUUUUUAAAUUUCCCUUUCUCAAACUGUUCUAUUGCCUGCAGGGUGUCUUCGUCACUUCCUGUUGAAUGCGUAAUGAGGGAGAGCUCGGUUUGUUGUCUUGGAAAGUUUGUUGUUUUGGAAAGUUUUGAAAGGCUAUUGAAAAAAUGUGGUUAGUAGCUAGCUACCUUUUUGAGUUUGAAUCCCGCUGGGACCACUAUGAUCUGUCCAGUGAUCCUGCUUUACCAAGGCCGGGCCUGAGGAGCUGUUUGGCGUAGCAGCUAGCCUAGCUGCUAGUUAGCUGCCUAUCGACCUAGCAGGGUUUUCUUGAGGAAUGCAGCCCGCGACGCGGUUAGCCAUUGUGGCUAGGACAGCGGAUUGUCCCGGGCUUGUGGCUGUCUAGAUCCCUGCUGUUUGUUGCUGUAGUUUUUUUUAUCUUCCCUGUUAUGCAUGAGCCAAUGCAUUAGGAAUGUCUUAAAUGUAUAUGGUUGAAAAUGGGUAAUGGGCCCGCCAUGUUUAAACCAUAUUUAAGUAUUGAUUGAUAUGUUUUGGAAUAAACAGAGCAGAGCCAGGAGAUGGCACUGUUAUUUUUAAUAAGUAUAGUGAUAGUUUUCCACGACCUGUCCUGUCUGUAACUGCGAGGAGUAACAGCGUAACCUACGUUGCUAACGUGACAAAGAACAAAGCCGCCGGGAGUACCGUUGAGGACAGUAGCGUCUCUCUAUCACAGGUGAGGGAUCUUUUAAACAGAGUUCUACAAGCAGUUGUUACAACAACAAGAAAAUAGCUUCAAUAGCUUUUGUCCAAAUACUGGUGGAGUCAACUAAUGAAAGAAUGGACGACCUGACCAGUGAGGUCCAGGACCUGAAGCACAGUUUGCAAUUCUCUCAGGGUCAACGCGCAUGAGUUGAAACAGGAGAACGGCAAGAUGACAGCAAUCCGUAAGUCAUUGAGAGAGGACAUCAGUUCUGUAUGUGAAUCCAUGAUAACAAUGACGGAGAAAUCAGAUUAUCUCGAGGGACAAUCAAGGCGGAACAACAUGGUUGUGGACAGAAUUUCAGAAUCUCCACAUGAGACCUGGGCGGAGUCUGAGGACAAAGUGACGGAAAUGAUCUUGGAGAAACUGAAGAUGGACCACAGGAAGAUUGAGGUGGAGUGCACCCACAGGACUGGAAAACCCAACACCGGCCCAGGCCGAUAGCGGUCUAGUUCCUGAGGUUCAAGGACAAGGUAGCUGUUCUGGAAAGAGCCAAGAACUUGAGAGGAACGUGUAUAUUCCCCAACGAGGACUAUCCUGAAGCUGUGUGCCAGAAGAGGAAAUAACUUAUCCCAGCCAUGAAAGCUGCCAGAGCGCAUGGGGGCAUUGCUUACAUCCGCUAUGACAGGCUCAUUGGCGACCCUCCUUCCCAGAAGCCUGGAAGGGAUGAGAGAGCCAAGCCUAUGGGUUCGUUGCUUCAACCCCGCAACAGACACACACUGAUUAAUGGACUGCUGAAUGUAUACAUUUUUUCACUUGCUUUGUUUGCUCUUUUCUAUAUUAUGUCUAUCUCUGAUAAGCUGCCCAGGAAAGGGCUGAAAAUAGCCCAUAUUAAUAUAUGUAGCCUUAGAAAUAAGGUUCAUGAAAUCAAUAACUUUCUAACAUCAGAUAACAUUUAUAUAUUAGCCAUUUCUGAGACUCACUUAGAUAAUUCAUUUGAUGAUACAGCAGUAGCAAUACAAGGACAUAACAUCUAUAGAACAGACAGGAAUAAUUAUGGGGGAGGUGUUUCUGUAUAUAUUCAGAUCCAUAUCCCUGUAAUGCUUAAGAGAAGAUCUUACAGUGCAUUCCGAAAGUAUUCAGACCACUUGACUUUUUCCACAUUUUGUUAUGUUACAGCCUUAUUCUAAAAUUUACAUUUACAUAAGUAUUCAGACCCUUUACUCAGUACUUUGUUGACGCACCUUUGGCAGCGAUUACAGCCUCGAGUCUUCUUGGGUAUGACGCUACAAGCUUGGCACACCUGUAUUUGGGGAGUUUCUUCCAUUCUUCUCUGCAGAUCCUUUCAAGCUCUGUCAGGUUGGAUGGGGAGCGUUGCUGCACAGCUAUUUUCAGGUCUCUCCAGAGAUGUUCGAUCGAGUUCAAGUCCGGGCUCUGGCUGGGCCUCAAGGACAUUCAGAGACUUGUCCCAAAGCCACUCCUGCAUUGUCUUGGCUGUGUGCUUACGGUCGUUGUCCUGUUGGAAGGUGAACCUUCACCCCAGUCUGAGGUCCUGAGCGCUCUGUAGCAGGUUUUCAUCAGGAUCUCUCUGUACUUUGCUCCGUUAAUCUUUCCCUUGAUCCUGACUAGUCUCCCAGUCCCUUCCGCUAAAUAACGUCCCCACAGCAUGAUGCUGCCACCACCAUGCUUCACCGUAGGGAUGGUGCCAGGUUUCCUCCAGAUGUGACGCUUGGCAUUCAGGCCAAAGAGUUCAAUCUUGGUUCCAUCAGACCAGAGAAUCUUGUUUCUCAUGGUCUGAGAGUCUUUAGGUGCCUUUUGGCAAACUCCAAGCAGGCUGUCAUGUGCCUUUUACUGAGGAGUGGCUUCCGUCUGGCCACUCUACCAUAAAGGCCUCAUUGGUGGAGUGCUGCAGAGAUGGUUGUCCUUCUGGAAGGUUCUCCCAUCUCCACAGAGGAACUCUGGAGCUCUGUCAGUGUGACCAUCGGGUUCUUGGUCACCUCCCUGACCAACGCCCUUCUCCCCCGAUUGCUCUGUUUGGCCGGGCGGCCAGCUCUAGGAAGAGUCUUGGUGGUUCCAAACUUCUUCCAUUUAAGAAUGAUGGAGGCCUUGGGGACCUUCAAUGCUGCAUAAAUGUUUUGGUACCCUUCCCCAGAUCUGUGCCUCGACACAAUCCUGUCUCGGAGCUGUACGGACAAUUCCUUCAACCACAUGGCUUGGUUUUUGCUCUAACAUGCACUGUCAACUGUGGGACCUUAUAUAGACAGGUAUGUGCCUUUCCAAAUCAUAUCCAAUCAAUUGAAUUUACCACUGGUGGACUCCAAUCAAGUUGUAGAAACAUCUCAAGGAUGAUCAAUGGAAACAGGAUUCACCUGAGCUCAAUUUGGAGUCUCAUAGCAAAGGGUCUGAAAGUUAUGUAAAAAGGUAUUUCUUUUUUAAAUUUCUAAUUCAUUUGCAAACAUUUCUAAAAACCUGUUUUCGCGUUGUCAUUAUGGGGUAUUGUGUGUAGAUUGACGAGGAGUUCAAAAAAAAAAGUUUAUCCAUAGAAUAGAAUACGGCUGUAACGUAACAAAAUGUGGAAAAAGUGAAGGGGUCUGAAUACUUUCCGAAUGCACUGUAUGUCAAGUGUUAUUGAAUGUUGUUGUUGCAGGUUCACCUGGAACAUCUAAAGCCUUUUAUUUUGGAGUGUUGCUAUAGGCCACCAAGUGCUAACAGUCGGUAUCUAAAUAAUAUGUGUGAAAUGCUUGACAGUGUAUGUGAUGUAAACAGAGAGGUCUACUUUCUUGGUGACCUGAAUAUUGACUGGUUUUCAUCAAGCUGUCCGCUCAAGAGGAAGCUUCUUACUGUAACCAGUGCCUGUAAUCUGGUUCAGGUUAUUAAUCAACCUACCAGGGUGUUUACAAACACUACAGGAACCAGAUCAUCACAAUGUUGAGAACAAUGCGGCGGAGGUAGCAGCAGAAUGAGGAGAUGAGAAAACAGCCCUCGCCUUAUUGUCUAAGAAAAGUGAGGAGAGAGGAAACCCCAACUUAAUUAGGUGUACAAUCCAAUAGCCUAACUGUUAAAUCUGCCUGGCUUUAUAAAUCAUCAAUAUACAGUGGGGAAAAAAAGUAUUUAGUCAGCCACCAAUUGUGCAAGUUCUCCCACUUAAAAAGAUGCUCUAGAGGAGAUCUGCAUGGAGGAAUGGGCCAAAAUACCAGCAACAGUGUGUGAAAACCUUGUGAAGACUUACAGAAAACAUUUGACCUGUGUCAUUACCAACAAAGGGUAUAUAACAAAGUAUUGACAAACUUUUGUUAUUGACCAAAUACUUAUUUUCCACCAUAAUUUGCAAAUAAAUUCAUUAAAAAUCCUACAAUGUGAUUUUCUGGAGAAAAAAAAUCUCAAUUUGUCUGUCAUAGUUGACGUGUACCUAUGAUGAAAAUUAAAGGCCUCUCUCAUCUUUUUAAGUGGGAGAACUUGCACAAUUGGUGGCUGACUAAAUACUUAUUAUCCCCACUGUAUAUAUGAACGGCCUACAUGUAGCCUAGCAACUUUCACAGUGAAUGCUUUUGUUUAUGUUUUGUGCGUAUGAAUUUAAUUUUGCCAAAUGCGUCAGUAAAAAAAUAUUGAGCCUAUUUAAUGCAACCCUUGCUGUUAAUAGGUCGCAAAGCAGCACACACCUGACCUAAACGUUUGUAAAUGAUAAGUUAACUUUCUCAUCCAUAGCCUUAAAACGCAUCUCAAGUGAAAUUGCGUUGUUUAUCUCACAUCUGAAAGCUGGGGAGCAUUUAGGACGUACUGCGGAUCGCUAAAAUAUCCUAAUGAUUAUGAUGACACUUCCUCAAUUCAAAUAUUAUGGCGACACUAUACCAAAGAUGGUUUGGUAUGGUUUAGAAACUUGGGAACCAAGCUGGAGUUAUCAGUGUGGCCCUAUCACCUGGACGUGUUGAAAUACUGUAUCUUCUCGCCUAGAAUAAAAACCUCCAGGCUUCUGUCAUAACUGUCAAUUUAUUGGGGGAAAAAAAGAAUUAAACUGCCCCCAUAAUUAUUUUUUUUCCUCAUUCAAAAUCGGCCAUUAUGACAGACGCCUGGAGGCUCUUCUAGGCGUCAAGAUAUUUCAAAUGUCUAGGGAUAGCCUGCUAUUGGCUUAAUGGCCUUCAGUUCGGAGAAAGUCAAAAUAAUAAUAUCAAUAAGAACUGGAACCUAUGCACACGUUUAAUUACCUGACGUAUUUGGCAAUUUAUCAAUUAAUUGUUACAAUAUCGUCCACUUCAUCUUUUAAAAGAGAAGUACGGCACUAGGAAAGUUGAUAUGUGACAAAACAGAUCAUUCAUCUGUAGGCUACGUGCUUUUAAGCAUCACAUCGUUCUAAUGUUCUUCCACAAACUGGGUGCAGCGCUCUCAAAUCACUGGGAUAUUAAUAAUAUUUAUAAAUAAUAUUUAUAUUAUAUAUAUUAGUGCUAGUAUACAGUAGCACUAGUAUUAUCAGAGGACCUGGGAGUUUGCAAAAAAAAACGGUAUGUUUAUUAGGGGUGGGAUAAUAACCUUCCUGUCAGGUAUAAAUGACUGACAUGGCAGAUUCGGACGGGAAUAAAAUGACAGAUGUGGUGAUUUGUGCUCAUAAUUACAUUACCUGAGUACCUUGUGCAGGUCUACAAUUUUAUCCCUGAUGUCCUUACACAGCUCUCUGGUCUUGGCCAUUGUGGAGAGGUUGGAGUCUGUUUGAUUGAGUGUGUGGACAGGUGUCUUUUAUACAGGUAACGAGUUCAAACAGGUGCAGUUAAUACAGGUAAUGAGUGGAGAACAGGAGGGCUUCUUAAAGAAAAACUAACAGGUCUGUGAGAGCCGGAAUUCUUACUGGUUGGUAGGUGAUCAAAUACUUAUGUCAUGCAAUAAAAUGCAAAUUAAUUACUUAAAAAUCAUACAAUUUGAUUUUCUGGAUUUUUGUUUUAGAUUCCGUCUCUCACAGUUGAAGUGUACCUAUGAUAAAAAAUUACAGACCUCUACAUGCUUUGUAAGUAGGAAAACCUGCAAAAUCGGCAGUGUAUCAAAUACUUGUUCUCCCCACUGUACAUGUGUCACGUAAAGAGAGCAAGGGUUGAGGGAAUAGGGAAUGUUUUUCCUGAACAAAUGAGGGAUUUCAGUAACAGAACAGAACUUUUCAGUCAGCAAUGGCUGUAAUUAUGUUGUAGCUUCAGCAACACAGAAAAGAGCGAUAAACACUUUGAUGAUCUGUGGUGGUCACUGCAGCAGGGAGGAGAGAGAGACAACGGGUGAUAGUCACACAGUCACUUGCGGUCUUUCUUUCUUAACACAGCGCAGAAAGUCUGAGACCGGCCCGGCACAAUCAAAUCAAUUGCUGGUCAGACUCCCUCUAGUCAUUUGUGCGUCUUAAUAAUGUCAUCAAACCGCGUGCUUAAAGCAUCAGACAAGCUCAGUGGAUACAGUUGAUUUGAUUAAAACACAUAGGAUGUGUCAAUAUAUGGAAAAAUACACGUUUUAGAAUUUCAACCAAUCGAUUGGUCGAAAGAACAGACGACUCUUGAAGACCAAGAGCCCUAAUCCGUACCCAUUGGAUGCAGUGAUCACAAUAUAGUGGCUAUAUCCAGGAAAGCCAAAGUUCCAAAGCUGGACCUAAAAUAGUGUAUAAGAGAUCAUACAAAAGAUUUUGCUGUGACAAUUACGUGGAUGAUGUUAAAAAUAUUUGUUGGUCUGAUGUGAUUUUAAUAAGGAGCAUCCAGACGCUGCACUUGAUUAAUUUAUGAAAUUGCUUCUUCCAAUUAUUGAUAAACAUGCACCUGUUAAGAAACUGACUGUUAGAACUGUUAAGGCUCCAUGGAUUGAUGAGGAAUUGAAAAACUGUAUGGUUGAAAGAGAUGGGUCUAAUAAGUCUGGCUGCACAUCUUUCAUCGAAUCAGAUGGCUUAUUCAUCACAAAACCAUUUGAUGUUGCCAAUUAUGUUAACGAUUACUUCAUUGGCAAUGUGGGCAAACUUAGGCAGAAAAUGCCAACAACUAACAGUGAGCCAUUGUACUCAUGCAUAAAAAAAACAAAUAAUGAAAGAAAAGCAUAGCAAGUUUGAAUUUUGUUAGUGUGGGAGAGGUGGAAAAAUUAUUGUUAUCGAUCAAAUAUGACAAACCUCCUGAAAUUGACAACUUAGAUGAAAAGCUACUGAGGAUGGUAGCUGACUCUAUAGCCACUCCUGUAUGUCAUAUCUUUAAUCUGAGCCUAGAGGAAAGUAUUUGUCCUCAGGCCUGGAGGGAAGCCAACGUCAUUCUGGUACCUAAGAGUGGUAAAGCGGCCUUUACUGGUUCUAACAGCAGACCUAUCAGCGCUGUGCCAGCUCUUAUCAAAAUGUUGGAAAAAAUUGUGUUUUACCAAAUACAAUGCUAUUUCUCUGUAAACAAAUUAACUUUCAGCUGCUUAUAGAGAAGGGCACUCAACAUGUACUGCACUGACACAAAUGACUGAUGAUUGGUUGAAAUAAUUUGAUAAUAAGAAGGUUGUGGGAGCUGUACUGUUAGAUUUAUGUGCAGCCUUUGAUAUUAUUGACCAUAAGCUGUUGUUGAGAACUUAUGUGUUAUGGCUUUUCAACCUCUGCCAUAUCGUGGAUUCAGAACUAUCUAUAUAGUAUAACUCAGAGGGUUUUCUUUAAUGGAAGCUUCUCUAAUGUCAAACAUGUAAAGUGUGGUGUACCGCAGGGCAGCUCUCUAGGCCCUCUACUCUUUUCUAUUUUUACCAAUGACCUGCCACUCGCAUUAAACAAAGCUUGUGUGUCCAUGUAUGCUGAUGAUUCAACCAUAUAUUAAUAUUAAUACUAUGCAUGUCAGUCACUCUUGGCUAAGAGUUGAGGAAAGACUAACUGCAUCACUUCUUGUUUUUAUAAGAAACAAUGUAUUGGAAAUUCCAAAUUGUUUGCAUAGUCAACUUACACAGCACUGACACACACACUUACCCCACCAGACAUGCCACCAGGGGUCUUUUCACAGUCCCCAGGUCCAGAACAAAUUCAAGGAAACGCACAGUAUUAUACAGAGCCAUGAGUGCAUGGAACUCCCUUCCAUCUUAUAUAGUGCAAGUGACCUGGUUUCAAAAAACAAAUAAAGCAACACCUCACAGCACAACACGUCUCCCCAUGUGACCUACUUGUUGUGUGUAUGUACUGACAUGUAUGUGUAACUGAUAGAUGUACAUACACACUACACGUUAAUUUUUUUAAUGUAUGUCAAGAAAUUUUGGCUGUAAUGUUCUUUUCGUUAUGUGUCGGACCCCAGUAAGAAUAGCUGUCGCCAUUGGCGUCGACUAAUGGGGGAUCCUAAUAAAUACAAAAAAAUCUGUUCUUUCAGUAUCUGUCAGAUGUUCUCCAGAACCACCACCUCCCAGUGGUGUGUACCUGCACCACAGCAGACCUCCAGGCUGCCUUCAACACCAUCGUCUCACGCAUACAGAGAUAGUAAGCCUCCCUCUCUUUCUCUUCAGCCAUUACAGUAGAUUCAGAUUCAGAAAAGCUAUAUUGUAACUAAAUUGGCCAGUUAAGAGAUGCAGCUGUAUUCAACCAACAUGUAUUGUAUACAGUGGGGGGAAAAAAAGGUAUUUAGUCAGCCACCAAUUGUGCAAGUUCUCCCACUUAAAAAGAUGAGAGAGGCCUGUAAUUUUCAUCAUAGGUACACGUCAACUAUGACAGACAAAAUGUAGGAUUUUUAAUGAAUUAAUUUGCAAAUUAUGGUGGAAAAUAAGUAUUUGGUCAAUAACAAAAGUUUCUCAAUACUUUGUUAUAUACCCUUUGUUGGCAAUGACACAGGUCAAACGUUUACUGUAAGUCUUCACAAGGUUUUCACACACUGUUGCUGGUAUUUUGGCCCAUUCCUCCAUGCAGAUCUCCUCUAGAGCAGUGAUGUUUUGGGGCUGUCGCUGGGCAACACAGACUUUCAACUCCCUCCAAAGAUUUUCUAUGGGGUUGAGAUCUGGAGACUGGCUAGGCCACUCCAGGACCUUGAAAUGCUUCUUACGAAGCCACUCCUUCGUUGCCCGGGCGGUGUGUUUGGGAUCAUUGUCAUGCUGAAAGACCCAGCCACGUUUCAUCUUCAAUGCCCUUGCUGAUGGAAGGAGGUUUUCACUCAAAAUCUCACGAUACAUGGCCCCAUUCAUUCUUUCCUUUACACGGUUCAGUCGUCCUGGUCCCUUUGCAGAAAAACAUCCCCAAAGCAUGAUGUUUCCACCCACAUGCUUCACAGUAGGUAUGGUGUUCUUUGGAUGCAACUCAGCAUUCCUUGUCCUCCAAACACGACGAGUUGAGUUUUUACCAAAAAGGUCUAUUUUGGUUUCAUCUGACCAUAUGACAUUCUCCCAAUCCUCUUCUGGAUCAUCCAAAUGCACUCUAGCAAACUUCAGACGGGCCUGGACAUGUACUGGCUUAAGCAGGGGGACACGUCUGGCACUGCAGGAUUUGAGUCCCUGGCGGCGUAGUGUGUUACUGAUGGGAGGCUUUGUUACUUUGGUCCCAGCUCUCUGCAGGUCAUUCACUAGGUCUCCCCGUGUGGUUCUGGGAUUUUUGCUCACCGUUCUUGUGAUCAUUUUGACCCCACGGGGUGAGAUCUUGCGUGGAGCCCCAGAUCGAGGGAGAUUAUCAGUGGUCUUGUAUGUCUUCCAUUUCCUAAUAAUUGCUCCCACAGUUGAUUUCUUCAAACCAAGCUGCUUACCUAUUGCAGAUUCAGUCUUCCCAGCCUAGUGCAGGUCUACAAUUUUGUUUCUGGUCUCCUUUGACAGCUCUUUGGUCUUGGCCAUAGUGGAGUUUGGAGUGUGACUGUUUGAGGUUGUGGACAGGUGUAUUUUAUACUGAUAACAAGUUCAAACAGGUGCCAUUAAUACAGGUAACGAGUGGAGGACAGAGGAGCCUCUUAAAGAAGAAGUUACAGGUCUGUGAGAGCCAGAAAUCUUGCUUAUUUGUAGGUGACCAAAUACUUAUUUUCCACCAUAAUUUGCAAAUAAAUUCAUUAAAAAUCCUACAAUGUGAUUUUCUGGAUUUUUUUCUUCUCAAUUUGUCUGUCGUAGUUGACGUGUACCUAUGAUGAAAAUUACAGGCCUCUCUCAUCUUUUUAAGUGGGAAAACGUGCACAAUUGGUGGCUGACUAAAUACUUUUUUCCCCCCCACUGUACAUAGAAUUCAUUAAUCAGUGAAUAAAAGUACAUGUGAGCGUAAGCUGGGGAAAAUACGACAACAGUCUUAUGCCGUCCCCUCUCAUAUGUUUCUGUGUGUUUCUAUGUAGUUGUAACUGUAACAGCCAGACGCCCAUCCCCAUAAAGAUAGCUGUGGCUGGGGCUCAACACUACCUCGGUGCAGUGCUCAGGCUGUUCGUAGACCACCUGUCUCACAAGACCCCUGAUUGGCUGGGCUACAUGAGGUUCCUCAUCAUUCCGCUAGGUGAGUUAAUGGAUGGAUGGAUGAAUUACUUUUAAUGUUAUAAUGAUUACAUUAUUUGUUUGAAUUAUUUUAUUUUAAUGACAAAGAAAAAACGACUUGAUGGAGGCUUGAUCUGGCGUAAACGAAAUGGCUUACUAAGCUAACGUGGAUUUUUUUUUUAAAGGUCAUAUUAAGGAUCUUUUAGAUAUUUGAUUUUGAAUUUUAGGACCCCUUUAGGUAUAAAAAAAAGAUAUAUAAAAAAACAUAUUUGAUGAAACAUUGAAUUUGGACUUAAUGCUAUUAGCCCAUAGAAAUGCAUACUUUUCUCCGUUCAUCUUUCCCUCGAUCCUGACUAGUCUCCCAGUCCCUGCCGUUGAAAAACAUUCCCACAGCAUGAUGCCGCCACCACCAUGCUUCACCGUAGGGAUGGUGCCAGGUUUCCUCCAGACGUGACGCUUGGCAUUCAGGCCAAAGAGUUCAAUCUUGGUUUCAUCAGACAAGAGAAUCUUGUUUCUCAUGGUCAGAGUCCUUUAGGUGCCUUUUGGCAAACUUCAAGCAGGCUGUCAUGUGCCUUUUACUAAGGAGUGGCUUCCGUCUGGCCACUCUACCAUAAAGGCCUGAUUGGUGGAGUACUGCAGAGAUGGUUGUCCUUCUGGAAGGUUCUCCCAUCUCCACAGAGGAACUCUGGAGCGCUGUCAGUAUGACCAUCAGGUUUUUGGUCACCUCCCUGACCAACGCCCUUCUCCCCCGAUUGCUCAUGUUGGCUGGGCGGACAGCUCUAGGAAGAGUCUUGGUGGUUCCAAACUUCUUUCAGUUAAGAAUGAUGGAGGCCACUGGGUUUUUGGGGACCUUCAAUGCUGCAGAUAUUUUUUGGUACCCUUUCCCAGAUCUGUGCCUCGAUACAAUCCUGUCUCGGAGCUCUAUGGACAAUUCCUUCGACGUCAUGGCUUGGUUUUUGCUCUGACAUCCAAUCAAGUUGUAGAAACAUCUCAAGGUUGAUCAAUGGAAACAGGAUGCACCUGAGCGCAUUUUUCGAGUCUCAUAGCAAAGGUCUGAAUACUUAUGUAAAUAAGGUAUUUCUGUUUUUUUAUUUAAUAAAUGUGCAAACAUUUCUAAAAACCUGUUUUCACUUUGUCAUUAUGGGGUAUUGUGAAUUUAGAAUAAGGCUGUAACGUAACAAAAUGUGGAGGAAGGGGUCUGAAUACUUCCCGAAUGCGCUAUACUUCCAUUCAUGUUUUAAUUCAUUCAGACAUUACAGUUGGUAUGUACUGUAUAUAUGUCUUUGUUUAGUUUAAAUUAAACAUUUCUAGGGCCUCCCGAGUGGCGCAGUGGUCUAAGGCCCACUAUAUACAUCGCUACAGACCCGGGUUCGAUCCCAGGGUGUGUCACAACCGGCCGUGAUGGGGAGUCCCAUAGGGCGGCGCACAAUUGUCCCAGCGUCAUCCGGGUUAGGGGAGGGUUUGGCCGGGGGAGGUUUUACUUGGCUCAUCGCGCUCUAGUGACUCCUUGUGGCGGGCCCGGGCGCCUGACCUCGUCAGUUGAACAGUGUUUCCUCUGACACAUUGGUGCAGCUGGCUUCCGGGUUAAGCAGGCGGGUGUUAAGAAGCGCGGUUUGGCGGGUCAUGUUUCGGAGGACGCAUAACUCGACCUUCGCCUCUACCGAGCCCGUUGGGGAGUAGCAGCGAUGAGACAAGAUCGUAAUUGGGGAGAAAAAGGGGAUAAAAUACAACCAAAAAAUAUAUACAUUUCUAUAUACACGCUUUUCUAAAGGUAGACUCUUAUUGUGUAUAAUGUGUUGUCUAUUCUUUGAUUGUAUUCAGGAUCUCACCCAGUCUCCAAAUACCUGGGUACCAUCGACUAUCGAUACAACAGUUUAUUCCAGGAUACUGCGUGGAGGGACCUGUUUCACAAGCCAGAAGCUCCAGUCAUGGGUAGGACAGGCUUAACACGCACAUACACACAGCUACAGUACUACCACAUGUAUCUAGUCAGCUGUACAGAGCUAGCCUGAUCCCAGAUCUGUUGGUGCUAUCAUGUCAACUCCUUGUUCUGCCUUGUCUCAGCACCAACAGAUCUGGGACCAGAACAAGGAGUUGACAUGAUAGCACCAACAGAUCUGGGACCAGAACAAGGAGUUGACAUGAUAGCACCAACAGAUCUAUGACCAGAACAAGGAGUUGACAUGAUAGCACCAACAGAUCUGGGACCAGAACAAGGAGUUGACAUGAUAGCACUAAAAUAUAUAUGACCAGAACAAGGAGUUGACAUGAUAGCACCAACAGAUCUGGGACCAGAACAAGGAGUUGACAUGAUAGCACCAACAGAUCUGGGACCAGAACAAGGAGUUGACAUGAUAGCACCAACAGAUCUGGGACCAGAACAAGGAGUUGACAUGAUAGCACCAACAGAUCUGGGACCAGAACAAGGAGUUGACAUGAUAGCACCAACAGAUCUGGGACCAGAACAAGGAGUUGACAUGAUAGCACCAACAGAUCUAUGACCAGAACAAGGAGUUGACAUGAUAGCACCAACAGAUCUGGGACCCGAACAAGGAGUUGACAUGAUAGCACCAACAGAUCUGGGACCAGAACAAGGAGUUGACAUGAUAGCACCAACCGAUCUGGGACCAGAACAAGGAGUUGACAUGAUAGCACCAACAGAUCUGGGACCAGAACAAGGAGUUGACAUGAUAGCACCAACCGAUCUGGGACCAGAACAAGGAGUUGACAUGAUAGCACCAACAAAUCUAUGACCCGAACAAGGAGUUGACAUGAUAGCACCAACAGAUCUGGGACCAGAACAAGGAGUUGACAUGAUAGCACCAACAGAUCUGGGACCAGAACAAGGAGUUGACAUGAUAGCACCAACAGAUCUGGGACCAGAACAAGGAGUUGACAUGAUAGCACCAACAGAUCUGGGACCAGAACAAGGAGAUGACAUGAUAGCACCAACAGAUCUGAGACCAGAACAAGGAGUUGACAUGAUAGCACCAACAGAUCUGAGACCAGAACAAGGAGUUGACAUGAUAGCACCAACAGAUCUGGGACCAGAACAAGGAGUUGACAUGAUAGCACCAACAGAUCUGGGAUCAGAACAAGGAGUUGACAUGAUAGCACCAACAGAUAUAUGACCAGAACAAGGAGUUGACAUGAUAGCACCAACAGAUCUGGGACCAGAACAAGGAGUUGACAUGAUAGCACCAACAGAUCUGGGACCAGAACAAGGAGUUGACAUGAUAGCACCAACAUAUCUGGGACCAGAACAAGGAGUUGACAUGAUAGCACCAACAGAUCUGGGACCAGAACAAGGAGUUGACAUGGUCGCACCAACAGAUCUAUGACCAGAACAAGGAGUUGACAUGAUCGCACCAACAGAUCUAUGACCAGAACAAGGAGUUGACAUGAUAGCACCAACAGAUCUAUGACCCGAACAAGGAGUUGACAUGAUAGCACCAACAGAUCUGGGACCAGAACAAGGAGUUGACAUGAUAGCACCAACAUAUCUGGGACCAGAACAAGGAGUUGACAUGAUAGCACCAACAGAUGUCGGACCAGAACAAGGAGUUUGACAUGAUAGCACCAACAGAUCUGGGACCAGAACAAGGAGUUGACAUGAUAGCACCAACAGAUCUGGGACCAGAACAAGGAGUUGACAUGAUAGCACCAACAGAUCUGGGACCAGAACAAGGAGUUGACAUGAUAGCACCAACAGAUCUGAGACCAGAACAAGGAGUUGACAUGAUAGCACCAACAGAUCUGAGACCAGAACAAGGAGUUGACAUGAUAGCACCAACAGAUCUGGGACCAGAACAAUGAGUUGACAUGAUAGCACCAACAGAUCUGGGACCAGAACAAGGAGUUGACAUGAUAGCACCAACAGAUCUGAGACCAGAACAAGGAGUUGACAUGAUAGCACCAACAGAUCUGAGACCAGAAUAAGGAGUUGACAUGAUAGCACCAACAGAUCUGGGACCAGAACAAGGAGUUGACAUGAUAGCACCAACAGAUCUGGGACCAGAACAAGGAGUUGACAUGAUAGCACCAACAGAUCUGGGACCAGAACAAGGAGUUGACAUGAUAGCACCAACAGAUCUGGGACCAGAACAAGGAGUUGACAUGAUAGCACCAACAGAUCUAUGACCAGAACAAGGAGUUGACAUGAUAGCACCAACAGAUCUGGGACCAGAACAAGGAGUUGACAUGAUAGCACCAACAGAUCUGGGACCAGAAUAAGGAGUUGACAUGAUAGCACCAACAGAUCUGGGACCAGAAUAAGGAGUUGACAUGAUAGCACCAACAGAUCUGGGACCAGAACAAGGAGUUGACAUGAUAGCACCAACAGAUCUGGGACCAGAACAACGAGUUGACAUGAUAGCACCAACAGAUCUGGGACCAGAACAAGGAGUUGACAUGAUAGCACCAACAGAUCUGAGACCAGAACAAGGAGUUGACAUGAUAGCAACCAACAGAUCUGAGACCAGAACAAGGAGUUGACAUGAUAGCACCAACAGAUCUGGGACCAGAACAAGGAGUUGACAUGAUAGCACCAACAGAUCUGAGACCAGAACAAGGAGUUGACAUGAUAGCACCAACAGAUCUGGGACCAGAACAAGGAGUUGACAUGAUAGCACCAACAGAUCUGGGACCAGAACAAGGAGUUGACAUGAUAGCACCAACAGAUCUGGGACCAGAAUAAGGAGUUGACAUGAUAGCACCAACAGAUCUGGGACCAGAAUAAGGAGUUGACAUGAUAGCACCAACAGAUCUGGGACCAGAACAAGGAGUUGACAUGAUAGCACCCAACAGAUCUGGGACCAGAACAAGGAGUUGACAUGAUAGCACCAACAGAUCUGGGACCAGAACAAGGAGUUGACAUGAUAGCACCAACAGAUCUGAGACCAGAACAAGGAGUUGACAUGAUAGCACCAACAGAUCUGAGACCAGAACAAGGAGUUGACAUGAUAGCACCAACAGAUCUGGGACCAGAACAAGGAGUUGACAUGAUAGCACCAACAGAUCUGGGACCAGAACAAGGAGUUGACAUGAUAGCACCAACAGAUCUGGGACCAGAACAAGGAGUUGACAUGAUAGCACCAACAGAUCUGGGACCAGAACAAGGAGUUGACAUGAUGGCACCAACAGAUCUGGGACCAGAACAAGGAGUUGACAUGAUAGCACCAACAGAUCUGGGACCAGAACAAGGAGUUGACAUGAUAGCACCAACAUAUCUGGGACCAGAACAAGGAGUUGACAUGAUAGCACCAACAGAUCUGGGACCAGAACAAGGAGUUGACAUGAUAGCACCAACAGAUCUGAGACCAGAACAAGGAGUUGACAUGAUAGCACCAACAGAUCUGAGACCAGAACAAGGAGUUGACAUGAUAGCACCAACAGAUCUGGGACCAGAACAAGGAGUUGACAUGAUAGCACCAACAGAUCUGGGACCAGAACAAGGAGUUGACAUGAUAGCACCAACAGAUCUGGGACCAGAAUAAGGAGUUGACAUGAUAGCACCAACAGAUCUGGGACCAGAACAAGGAGUUGACAUGAUAGCACCAACAGAUCUGGGACCAAAAUAUGGAGUUGACAUGAUAGCACCAACAGAUCUGGGACCAGAACAAGGAGUUGACAUGAUAGCACCAACAGAUCUGGGACCAGAACAACGAGUUGACAUGAUAGCACCAACAGAUCUGGGACCAGAACAAGGAGUUGACAUGAUAGCACCAACAGAUCUGGGACCAGAACAAGGAGUUGACAUGAUAGCACCAACAGAUCUGAGACCAGAACAAGGAGUUGACAUGAUAGCACCAACAGAUCUGAGACCAGAAUAAGGAGUUGACAUGAUAGCACCAACAGAUCUGGGACCAGAACAAGGAGUUGACAUGAUAGCACCAACAGAUCUGGGACCAGAACAACGAGUUGACAUGAUAGCACCAACAGAUCUGGGACCAGAACAAGGAGUUGACAUGAUAGCACCAACAGAUCUGGGGACCAGAACAAGGAGUUGACAUGAUAGAACCAACAGAUCUGAGACCAGAAUAAGGAGUUGACAUGAUAGCACCAACAGAUCUGGACCAGAACAAGGAGUUGACAUGAUAGCACCAACAGACUGGGGACCAGAACAAGGAGGUUGACAUGAUAGCACCAACAGAUCUGGGACCAGAACAAGGAGUUGACAUGAUAGCACCACAGAUCUGGGACCCAGAACAAGGAGUUGACAUGAUAGCACCAACAGAUUGGGACCAGAACAAGGAGUUGACAUGAUAGCACCAACAGAUCUGGGACCAGAACAAGGAGUUGACAUGAUAGCACCAACAGAUCUGGGACCAGAACAAGGAGUUGACAUGAUAGCACCAACAGAUCUGAGACCAGAACAAGGAGUUGACAUGAUAGCACCAACAGAUCUGGGACCAGAACAAGGAGUUGACCAUGAUAGCACCAACAGAUCUGGGACCAGAACAAGGAGUUGACAUGAUAGCACCAACAGAUCUGGGACCAGAACAAGGAGUUGACAUGAUAGCACCAACAGAUCUGGGACCAGAACAAGGAGUUGACAUGAUAGCACCAACAGAUCUGGGACCAGAACAAGGAGUUGACAUGAUAGCACCAACAGAUCUGGGACCAGGCGUAGCUAUUGCGAAAACAGAAUAGUAUCAGAGUGUUUAUGUAACCUGUAAAAGCUGUAGAAAGAAUUUCCUCUUGAGCCACAAUAAAUGCCAUCAAUUAAUCAAUCAACCAAUCCUGGCAUGUCGUGUGCAGUGCAGGAGAGUCCAGACGUGGUUUCCAGGGUAACCCAGUAUAUGGUCGGGGCCAACGGAGCUCACCAGCUCCCCAUCGCUGAGGCCAUGCUCACAUACAAACAAAGGAGGUAAGGGCAACACACACACACACACACACAUAACAGACACAUUGUUAUCUCACAACUUUAUGGGAUGAAUUUUUAUAUUGCAUAAGUAAUGUGCUGUUAUGUUACUAUAAAUCUCAUAAUCUGGUAGCGUGAUUUCAUUUUAAACUUUUCUUCAACAAACUGGAUUAUAAAGAGGCGACUACAGUGCUGUGAAAAAUAUUUUCCCCCUUUCAGAUUUUUGCAUAUUUUUGACACUGAAUGUUAUCAGAUCUUCAACCAAAACCGGAUAUUAGAUAAAGGGAACCUGAGUGAACCAAUAACACAACAAUUACAUACUUAUUUCAUUUAUUUCAUAAACAAAGUUAUGCAAGACCCAAUGCCCCUGUGUGAAAAAGGAAUUGCCCCCUUACACUCAAUAACUGGUUGAGCCACCUUUUAGCUGCAAUAACUGGUUGAGCCACCUUUAGCUGCAAUAACUGGUUGAGCCACCUUUAGCUGCAAUAACUGGUUGAGCCACCUUUAGCUGCAAUAACUGGUUGAGCCACCUUUAGCUGCAAUAACUGGUUGAGCCACCUUUAGCUGCAAUAACUGGUUGAGCCACCUUUAGCUGCAAUAACUGGUUGAGCCACCUUUAGCUGCAAUAACUGGUUGAUCCACCUUUAGCUGCAAUAACUGGUUGAGCCACCUUAGCUGCAAUAACUGGUUGAGCCACCUUUAGCUGCAAUAACUGGUUGAGCCACCUUAGCUGCAAUAACUGGUUGAGCCACCUUUAGCUGCAAUAACUGGUUGAUCCACCUUUAGCUGCAAUAACUGGUUGAGCCACCUUUUAGCUGCAAUAACUGGUUGAGCCACCUUUAGCUGCAAUAACUGGUUGAGCCACCUUUAGCUGCAAUAACUGGUUGAGCCACCUUUAGCUGCAAUAACUGGUUGAGCCACCUUUAGCUGCAAUAACUGGUUGAGCCACCUUUAGCUGCAAUAACUGGUUGAGCCACCUUUAGCUGCAAUAACUGGUUGAGCCACCUUUAGCUGCAAUAACUGGUUGAGCCACCUUUAGCUGCAAUAACUGGUUGAGCCACCUUUAGCUGCAAUAACUGGUUGAGCCACCUUUAGCUGCAAUAACUGCAACCAAACACUUCAUGGUGGUUCUUGAUCAGUCUCACGUCGCUGUGGAGGAAUUUUGGCCCACUCUCCCAUGCAGAACUGCUUUAACUCAGCAACAUUUGUGUGUUUUCGAGCAUGAACUGCUCUAUUUCGGUACUGCUUCAACAUCGCAGUCGGGUUCAGGGUCUGGACUUUGACUAGACCAUUCAAAAACGUCAUAUUUGUUGCUUUUCAGCCAUUCUGAUGUAGAGUUGCAUGUGGGUUUUGGAUAAUUGUCUUGCUGCGUGACCCAGCUGUGCUUCAGCUCACAGACGGAUGGUCUGACAUUCUCCUUUAGAAUUCUCUGAUACAGAGCAGAAUUCAUGGUUCCUUCACGUCGUCCAAAAAGUUCCACUUUUGAGUCUUGGCCAGUCUUGGCCAGUCUUGACCAGUCUUGACCAGUCUUGACCAGUCUUGACAGGUGCUUCCAGGUGCGUUUUGGGCAAACUGGAUGGGACUUUUUGGACGACGUGAGUCAAAUCAAAUCAAAUGUUAUUUGUCACAUACACGUGUUUAGCAGAUGUUAUAGCGGGUGUAGCGAAAUGCUUGUGCUUCUAGCUCCGGCAGUGCAGUAAUAUCUAACAAGUAAUAUCUAACAAUUUCACAACAUAUACCCAAUACACACAAAACUAGUAAGGAAUGGGAUUUAAGAAUAUAUACAUAUAUGGAGAAGCAAUGACAGAGCGGCAUGGACUAAGAUACAGUAAAAUAGUAUAGAAUACAUUAUAUACAUAUGAGAUGAGUAGUGCAAGAUAUGUAAACAUUAUAAACAUUAUGUAAACAUUAUUAAAGUGCCAUUAUGUCUGCCGAAAACCAAACACUGCAUUCCACAAUAAGAUCCUCAUACCAACGAUCAAGCAUGGUGGUGGUAGUGUGAUGGUUUGGGGAUGCUUUGCUGCCUCAGGACCUGGACGACUUGUCAUCAUUGAAGGAACAAUGAAUUCUGCUCCCACUCAGAGAAUUCUAAACACUUUUUCACGCUCAGUUUACUAAACUCUAGUUAAAUAUUAGCCUCCUUAUAACGCACAUUGUUGAAUACAAGUUUCAAAUUAAAUCACGCUGCCCGAUUUUAUAAUGAGGUUUACGGUAAUUAUUUUGCAUGACGAAAAUGUAGCCCUUUAUGUGAGUCUAUUAACAGCUACUUAAUGAACAGCUAAUAGCAUUCUUGAGGAAUUGUUGUCUUUGACUUGUAGAUGUACACUACCGUUCAAAAGUUUGGGGUCACUUAGAAAUGUCCUUGUUUUCGAAAGAAAAGCAAUUUUUUUUGUCCAUUUAAAAUAACAUUCAAUUGAUCGGAAAUACAGUGUAUACAUUGUUAAUGUUGUAAAUGGCUAUUGUAGCUGGAAUUGGCUGAUUUUUAAUGGAAUAUCUACAUAGGCGUACAGAGGCCCAUUAUCAGCAACCAUCAGUCCUGUGUUCCAAUGGCACGUUGUGUUUGCUAAUCCAAGUUUAUCAUUUUAAAAGGCUAAUUGAUUAUUAGAAAACCCUUCUGCAAUUAUGUUAGCACAGCUGAAAACUGUUGUGCUGAUUAAAGAAGCAAUACAAACUGGCCUUCUUGAGACUAGUUGAGUAUCUGGAGCAUCAGCAAUUGUGGGUUCGAUUACAGGCUCAAAAUGGCCAGAAACAAAGAACUGAAACUCGUCAGUCUAUUCUUGUUCUGAGAAAUGAAGGCUAUUCCAUGCGAGAAAUUGCCAAGAAACUGAAGAUCUCGUACAGCGCUGUGUACUACUCCCUUCACAGAACAGCGCAAACUGGCUCUAACCAGAAUAGAAAGACGAGUGGGAGGCCCCAGUGCACAACUGAGCAAGAGGAUAAAUAUAUUAGUGUCUAGUUUGAGAAACAGACGCCUCACAGGUCCUCAACUGGCAGCUUCAUUAAAUAGUACCUGCAAAACAUCAGUCUCAACGUCAACAGUGAAGAGGCGACUCCGGGAUGCUGACCUUCUAGGCAGAGUUGCAAAGAAAAGGCCAUAUCUCAGACUGGCCAAUAAAAAGAAAAGAUUAAGAUGGGCAGUCUGAGAUAUGUAUUUUUCACUGUUGACGUUGAGACUGGUGUUUUGCGGGUACUAUUCAAUGAAGCUGCCAGUUGAGGACCUGUGAGGCGCCUGUUUCUCAAACUAGACACUCUAAUGUAUUUGUCCUCUUGCUCAGUUGUGCACCGGGGCCUCCCACUCGUCUUUCUAUUCUGGUUAGAGCCAGUUUGCGCUGUUCUGUGAAGGGAGUAGUACACAGCGCUGUACGAGAUCUUCAGUUUCUUGGCAAUUUCUCGCAUGGAAUAGCCUUCAUUUCUCAGAACAAGAAUAGACUGACGAGUUUCAGUUCUUUGUUUCUGGCCAUUUUGAGCCUGUAAUCGAACCCACAAUUGCUGAUGCUCCAGAUACUCAACUAGUCUCAAGAAGGCCAGUUUUAUUGCUUCUUUAAUCAGCACAACAGUUUUCAGCUGUGCUAACAUAAUUGCAGAAGGGUUUUCUAAUAAUCAAUUAGCCUUUUAAAAUGAUAAACUUGGAUUAGCAAACACAACGUGCCAUUGGAACACAGGACUGAUGGUUGCUGAUAAUGGGCCUCUGUACACCUAUGUAGAUAUUCCAUAAAAAAAUCAUCAGUUUCCAGCUACAAUAGCCAUUUACAACAUUAACAAUGUCUACACUGUAUUUCUGAUCAAUUAGAUGUUAUUUUAAUGGACAAAAAAAUGCCUUUUCUUUCAAAAACAAGGACAUUUCUAAGUGACCCCAAACUUUUGAACGGUAGUGUAGCUUUUAGCUCAUUUAUUUUUCUAGGGAAUUAUAGUGCCACAGUACUGACACAUAGUUCAUAUUGGAGUAGGGUUGCAAAAUUCUGGUAACUUUUCCAAGUUCUCCAGAAAUCUUGGUUGGAUGAUUCCAGAUUUACCUGUUUCCCUUGGAAAGUUACUAGAAUUCAACCCUACUUGGGAGCCUGUUCAUUGGUCUGUUGAGAACAGAACCCUGUCAACCAAUGCCGUUGUCUGUCUGUCCAUCACUGUGUUUGUCAAUAACAUGUUCUUUUGUUUAUGUUAUUUUUUUUUUUUGCCAUCUUUGAAGGAAAAAGAGCUUUCAUUUUGAUUUUGCAGUAAGGUAUUGUGGUCUGCUUGAGUCUGCUUCUCCUGGUGCUCUCUCUCUCUCUCUCUCUCUCUCUCUCUCUCUCUUCUCUCUGUCUCUCUCUCUCUCUUUCUCGCUGUCUCUCUCUCUCGCUGUCUCUCUCUCUCUCUCUCUCUCUCUUUCUCUCUGUCUCUCUCUCUCUCUCUCUCUCUCUCUCUCUCUCUCUCUCUCUCUCUCUCUCUCUCUCUCUCUCUCUGUCUCUCUCUCUCUCUUUCUCGCUGUCUCUCUCUCUCGCUGUCUCUCUGUCUCUCUCUCUCGCUUUCUCUCUCUCUCUCUCUUUCUCUCUCUCUGUCUCUCGCUCUCUCUCUGUCUCUCUCUCUCUCCAUCCACUCUCCUCAGCAGUCUGUAACUGUAACCUGACACUAACAGCCAGCUGCUAACAAACACACAAUCCUUACCCUGUUAGCAUUACUCAUAAUAAUAUAGGGCAUUUAGCCAACGCUUUUAUACAAAGCCACUUACAGUAUUGUGUGCAUUUUCGUAUGGGUGGCCCCAGCGGGAAUCGAACCGACAACGAUCCUGACGUUGCAUGCUCCAUGGUCUAUCAACUUAAGCCAGACAUGACUAAUAAGUUAUGUAGCUAAAUAUGGUCAAAUAUUUGUCGCGCAUGAUCCCUGACAAAUACACACACGAAAAAAAUGAAUCUAUUAGAAGUGUACUGAUAGUGUCAGGUUGUCAGUUACAGACUGCUGUUCUCUCUUCCUCCCUCCUUGCUGUUCUCUCUCUCUCCUCCUUUACUCCCCCUCUUCCUCCCUCCUCUCUGUUUCAUACCCAUUGUCUCCGUGUGUGUGAUGUAAUAAAGCUUCCUGCUAGAUCGACUCUCCUGUUUUCUAACAUGGUCUAAUGGAACAUUAAUGCAUGUACCCUGGCCAUACAUCUGGGCUUGUGCCCCAAACGGCACCCUGUUACCUAUAUAGUGCGCUACGUUUGACCAGAGCCCUGUGAGGGGGUGGGAAGGAGUGUGUGGUGGAUGGCAGUUCCCUAGCCUAGCUGGCAGGGUUGGGGUCAAUUCCAUUUAAAUUCCAGUCAAUUCAGUAAGUAAACCCCAAAUUCCAAUUAAAAACGUUCCUCAUUGAAAAGCAUUGGAAGAGAAUUGGAAUCGUCAUUUUAGUUUACUUCAUGAAUUGGCUGAAAUUGAAUUGGAAUUGACCCCAGCCCUGCUAGUUGGUGCUGUGACCUGCUGGACCGUGACAUGCCUGUUCCUGAAACCUACCUGUGCAUUGUGCCCUGUUGGUGUGGUGGUGUCUGAUUGGCUGCAGCAGGAAUGAUGGGAUGGCUUGGUGCAGGCCAGUGAUUGGCUAUGCAGCCUGCAUGUCUUUGCUACCCUGCUUCUCUGCCACCAAUCAGGUGUUGGGUUGUUGGGUACUAGAGGGCAAUCGGGCAUAUGAUUGGAUCUGAUUUUUAGUAGUGGGUUCCAAACCAAAACCUGACAAACUGGUAUGUAGUUUAGUUGAUACUUUUUCUAUUAAAAAUAAAAUAUGAUCAUCAUUGUAACGGGUCAGACUGUUUGUUUCUCCAGGAUUUGUUUUGGAACUUUAAAAGGAUUUGAUGAAUCUCAAUGCUUGGAUACAAUUGAAGCGACGACCCUCUAUAAAUGUAAAUCAGUUACACACCCAACAAUGAUAAUCAUUUAAUUCAAAGACUACGAAACCAAAACGUGUUUGUAUGAGUUUAGGAUUUGUCAUAAACAAGCAAAAUUAUUGCUCUUCAUUUGCAUUUGAACGGGUUUUCAUUUUUUAAAUGGUUCCUGCUUCAGGAGACCGUGAUCAAUACCUGUAGUACUAGUUAGCGGUUACUAAUUAUCAUGUGACUUUCUCUGUCCAUUAGCAUGGAAUUACUGUAGUAGGGUUGGUCAGAGUGGUAUUAACCUGUACAAUCUCUUCUCCCUCUGUUCCCGAGGAGCCUCUAUAGGUAUAUAACAUGUUUACAUUUUUAGUCACUCUUACCCACUAAGCUACCUGCCGCCCUAUAUACAGUUUAAAUGUAUCAGUAUAGCCCGUACUAUGUUAAAUGUAAAAGUGAAAAAUAUAAUUUCUUAAUCCGUCUGGGUUGUUUUUAGCCACCCAUCAUUUCUCUACACAACUUGUACUCCCUCUUCUUUCAAAUGAUUACCCCAGACUCUCAAACAAGGUUGGGGUCAAUUCCAUUUCAAUUCAGUCAAGCCAUGAGUAAAAUUGGAAUUGAAAUCUCUGCUAACUUACUGAAUUGAAAUGCAAUUGACCCCAACCCUGCUCUGAAACUAUAUUUCCUUCAAACCGCACUAAGAUUAUUUUUUUAAAAUGGUUUCUGUCUGUCUUGUGUUCAAGCUGAUGUAUCUGUCUCCUGGGAUCUGUAGAAAGAGUCAUCAUUAAUAAGUAGGAUGAAGGCUUUACCAACCCUGGGGCAACUGAACGCCUGGUCAUUUAGCAGACGCUCUUAUCCAGAGCGACUUACAGGAGCAAUUAGGGUUAAGUGCCUUGCUCAAGGGCACAUCGACAGAUUUUUCACCUAGUCGGCUCGGGGAUUAGAACCAGCGACCUUUCGGUCACUGGCACAACGCUCUUAACCACUAAGCCACCUGCCGCUCAGAGCACAUUACAGCUCUAACCAUCAUAGGGUUCUUGAAGCCUCGGUCUCAAUACUAGACAAACCCUCCAUCCUGAUACUAAAUCUAUUAUAUUCUGCACAUGCUCACUCUAUUUCCUGUUUCCCUAUAUUUGGCUUCUGCCCUGGUCUCUCUACAGCCCUGAUGAGGACUCGUGUCAGAAGUUCAUCCCCUUUAUCGGAGUAAGUACCUUUCUGUUAUCGUAG